GUAGCAGAAGCUUUGUGUUCGAGAGUUACUUGUCAUUGUUGCCAGCAGGCAAACUGCACUGUAUUUAUUUAAAUAACGGCUGUUUGCUGUUUACAAGUCUGCUAGACCACAAUGCACUGGGGGGGACAAGGACCUGAUGGAUGAAUACUGAUGAGGAAGACUGCUUGGCCACUCUCUUCAUUAGUUAGUUGCCACCUUGAGUGCUGUCCGAGGCUGCCUCAGGUUACAUCUCCCACAGAGGUCAUAAUGCCUUUAAUCACAAUAAUAAACGACGACUUUGCGCGUGGACAAGUUCAAAGAGCACAUACAUGAAUGCAGGCACGAACGCGCACGCACUCACACACAAAAGAUGUAGUGCGCAAAAACUUUUGUGACUUUUUGCACAUACGAUUGGAUUAUGAAACGAAUUUAUCAAACAAUUUUAAAACGCUUCUGCUAAUAAAUGCAUCAGUGGUGAUUAUGGUGAAACUGACAUGACAUGAGACUGAAAAUAUGGAACAAAUGGAGGAGCCAUGAACGCAGGGACGCCUCCCUAUUGCACAAUACUCAAGAGACGCGCGCGCACUGGACGUAGCGCGCACUGGACGUGGCGUGUACGUGGACCAGCUGCAAGUUUUCAUUUUAUAGCUUAGCUGCCAUUAACAUCGCCUUUCACUCGCUCGCGCGCGCUCUCUCUCUCACUUGUAGUUCUCAGUGUCAAUUAAGAUACAUUUGGAUUAGUUUGAAUCCUGCAGACUAUCGAACUGAGUAAACAAUAGAGCAAGACAAGUCGUUUAAAAAUUUGUUUUAAAGGUUGUUUAAAAGGCCUGUGGUGAAAACAGUUCGUCUAUAUUAACAUUUGUUAUUAUAAAAAUUGGGUAUGAUCAUAGUAAUUGAAAAAAAAAUCAAAAUAUGUUUGAGUGCCUCCGUUUCUGUGGAUCACCUGGUUUGCAUUAACGAAUUGAGGUAUGUCUGGUUUUGUUUAAGACAAAAAGUAAAUUCCGAGAAAGAGCACAGACCACGUGCUGGCUGCAGCCCUGCAUUUCUUGCAGUGGGCACUUUUUUUUGUUCCGAGACUCUUUUCGAGGCAAAAGGGGGCGGGUUGGAUAUUCAGAUGAGCCGGAGUGACAGCUCCAGUUCCCCCCAAUGCCGCGUGUGUGUAUAUGUGUGCGCGCGCGCAUGUGUGUGUGUCCAACUCCAUCGGCUCCUUCCCUUCCAACUCCCCACAUAGCGCUGCGUACUAAAAACACCGGACGCUAGGGGAUCAAGACGCGCGCCACCCAGCCUCUAUUGGGCUCUUUGACAAACCUUACGGUGUUUUGCCACAAAGGGGGCUUUGGAGGGUAGACUUUUUUAGGGGGGGUUCAAUUAUUUCACUGUCUGAUGUGACUGUUUGCACCGCCGGUUAUUGAGUCGAUUGUUACCCGCCCUGUGCGCAUUCCCCCUUCCCCUUGUGCGCCUUUUCCCCUCCUAACGCGUUUGGAUCGGCUGUCUACCCCCACGCGCACCCAUGUCUUAUCCUCAGGGUUACCUCUACCAGCCCCCGGGCUCGCUGGCUCUGUAUUCGUGUCCGGCUUAUGGGGCCUCGGCUCUGGCCGCUCCACGGAAUGAAGAUCUGGCGAGGUCGUCUUCCGGCUCAGCAUUUAGCCCGUACCCUGGAUCGGCGGCUUUUUCCGCCUCGGCCAGCUCGGGCUUCUCCAGUCCGCUGUCAUACUCCACGGACCCUGCCACGGGAUUCCCAUCGUACAUGAGUUCUCCAUAUGAGGCACACGCGACAGGCAUGGCGGGGGCGUUAAGUUAUCACCCCUACGGGAGUCCGGGGUACCCCUAUCAGCUCAACGACCCGGCUUACCGCAAGAACGCCACUCGGGACGCCACGGCCACCCUGAAGGCCUGGCUGCAGGAGCACCGAAAGAAUCCUUACCCUACUAAAGGGGAGAAAAUCAUGUUGGCCAUCAUCACCAAGAUGACGCUGACUCAGGUCUCCACUUGGUUCGCCAACGCCAGGAGGAGACUGAAGAAGGAGAACAAGAUGACAUGGGCGCCCAGGAAUAAGAGCGAGGAUGAGGAUGAGGAGGAUGGCGACGGCGAGAGGAAGGAUGUGGAGCGAUCCGAAAAGAACUUGGAUAACAGCGAGGCUUCGGCCGAGGAUGAAGGUAUUAGUUUGCAAGUGGACACUCUGACAGACCACUCGUGUUCCACCGAGUCAGACGUGGAAAAGGUGGUGUGUCGGGUGGGAGAUUUGGGCUCUGAUCAGGCACGGGACAAAUGUGAAGAUGACGUGGAGGAGCAGAACCACGCCUCUCGCUUUCAGCUCUCCCCCAAAUCGGUCACAACCUCGCCUCUGAUGGGAGUUGAAGCGCCGGUUUUCACUCAUCAGCACCAUCACCUUCAUCGCCUCCAACAUCUCCAACGCGAGGAUUUUGCUCGGAGCCUCGGCAUGUGCAACACUAUUAAUGCCAAUAAGUCCUGCAUUGAAAGUAGACCCUCCACGGGGGCUUCUCAGAACCCCAAACCCAAAUUGUGGUCACUCGCGGAGAUUGCUACCUCAGACCCAAAGCAGCAACAGGGGCAACAAAACUGCCCCUCCUCCUCUUCUAUCAGCGGGGGACUUCUGACUCCCCCGACUCCCUCCACAGCCUCCCCGUCUGCCACUUCACCCUCUCUCUACGCGACCCCCUCCCUCAUCGGAAGACCUAUUUAUUACACUUCGCCCUUUUAUAGCAAUUACACAAAUUACGGCAACUUUAGCCCACUGCAGGGCCAAAGCAUACUGCGCUACUCCAACUCCUCCGGGGUAAGUCUGGCUGCAGCAGCCGCCGCCGCAGCCGCUGCAGCCGCUGCAGCCAGUGAGGGUCUCGGCUCCCACCAGGGCUCUCCGGAGGCCGGCGCGCAGCCGAAACAACUCAGACCCGACUCGCCCCUGCUUAAAAUAAACUCAAACCAGACUGUUGGUGGUGUAGAGCAACAUCAAAAACCGCAUUACAGACCGGCAAAUUUGGAGGCAAAGAAGGGCACGUAAUUGAUCGUGAGCAAGUGAGGCAUCUUUAGAUUAUAUUUUAAACACACAAAAGCUGGGAGGAGACAUAUACUUGUUUCUAAAUGAAACAACACUUUUUUUUUUUUUUUAACCCCGUGUUCUCACUGAGAAGAUCAUUACUUUCUCAUUAUAAUUUUUCUUUUCCAUUGAGCGCGACAAACGCAUAAAAACACGCUUGUUUUAUUUGGGAGUAAAUUUGAACGACGUAUUCUAAGCAAAUUAAAAUACAUUUUGCAGGAAAAAAAUAUACUAUAUAUUUUGAUGGUUUUAUUUGUUCGGGUUGAAAUGUGCGUGCAGCGUGCACCUAGUUAAUGACUCAAACUAACGACAAAUAGACCCACGUCAAUAUGUGCUCACGUGCAACAAGUGAGUCCGAUCAAACUUGCGGACGGUGCAUUUCUCUUACUGGUUGCCAUCGAGGAUGAUCCAACACUUGCAUAUAUGCAAAUU